UAUCGCCCCAGAAGUGCUGACCGACACUCGAAUCGAGCUGGUCGAGGCUGUUUUGAAAAGCUUUGUUUUUGUUCUCGAAAGCAUCGUCCACAUCGCAUUAAAUGCACACGCAGGCGUCGCCGUCUCGGGCUCGCACGACCACGUCCUAGUGAACGAUCUUGUCAUCGCGUUUGAGUAUAUCCUCUUUAUGCACGCUUACAUGCUUGCAUGGUUGCGGGAUGUCAUGAAAAACAUGACUGUCAAGAACAUCGUAUACUUCGCGACGGACAGAAAACGAGCUCCGAGCAAGCAGCUUCGCCACAUAAACGAGCGGAUUUUGUCCUUGGUGGACCAUGCAAUGAUAGAGAUUGCGGUUUCGAGCGAGUCCAGCAACAGGAACGGGUCUUUCAUGCUUGCACCCAUUGAGCCGCAUUUUCUUGUCGCAAUCCUCGCGAGUAAUAUCGCGUCCCGGCGCAUCAGGACCAUGUCGGACCAGGAAGUUGAUGUGCACAGGAUGUACCAUCAAUACACCAACUAUCUUCAUGCCCAAAUACGCACGCGCCCACGCAAGAACCUCUUUCCUCACAUCAUCGCUCUGGAAGACGAGCUCACAUGCCUGCAGAACGUCAUCAACUGGCAGCUCAAGUUCUACAACGACCUGAUGCAAGUCCUGGACCCGGACUCAACCCGCGAACCGACAUUUAAACGCAAACAGCAAUUCUCCCUUGAGCAUGUGUUCUUGCAAAGAGCAAUCAAAAAGCUGAUGUCGAGACUGCGACAAGUAAAAGAGCAUCGAGAGCACACACAGCUGCUCCACAAACAAUUGAGGCAUGCGAUCGAGAUCCAGGAGGAGACGGACCACCACGCGAUCUGGGUUUUCACGUUCGUGACUGUUCUUUUCUUGCCCCUUUCUUUCGUAACGAGCUUCUUCGGCAUGAAUCUCGACGGCAUUCGAGACGUGGAAGGGGGCCAAUAUCUGUUCUGGGUCGUGGCUGUCCCCAUCACAUCAGCCGUCAUAGGAGCGUCCCUCAUCUAUGCCUACAGAUGGGAGCAGUGGGUACAAGCAGGGAGGAAGAGGCUGGAAAAUGUCGUUGGCUACGAUGUUUCAGACGAAAACGUGUCAGGACAGACGGGUUGGAAGCGGUGGUAUGCACAGGCCCUGGGUCGAGCAAAGAUUGCGAACGAUGGAGACCACGAACUGGGCCUGAGAAGGCCCCCUGACAGGCAGCAGACCGGCUUCAGCAUGAUCGAUGACAAUUUUGGCGCGUCGAGGCUGUAGGUCCGACGGCGCGUUGGUGAAGCAAGCUUUCCGCGGCCUAUGACGCGCACCUGUCAGAGGUCUGUCCUUGAAUUACCAAAACGGAGAUCGCCAUCGUAUCUGAACCCUUCUGAGCCAUCUGAGCAUGAGUGGGAGGACAAUGGCGUCAAGUUAGUAAACGGCGCAACCAUAUGACACGCAAGGCCAGCCAAACUCCAGCCAUGAGCACGUACGUACGCAUGCAGGCAGAACCAUAUCGAAGAUGGGAUUGAACUGCA